GUCAUAAUACCCCUGCUUCUCGGAAAUCUCCAUUUCCGCGGGAGGAGAAAAUAAUAAUGGAGUUCCAAUAUCCCUCCCCUGCCGCCAUAACAAUCCUCUCAACAUUCUGCUUCUUGUUCUUCAUCCUUCUCCUCCUCCGCCACCAAACCAAGAACGACAACAAGAAACACAAGUUCCCGCCGGGGAGGCGAGGGUGGCCGGUGAUCGGCGACAGCUUCAGCUGGUACAAUGCGGUGGCGGGCUCCCACCCUCCGGCGUUCGUGGAGCGGCAGGUUUCGCGGUUCGGUAAAAUCUUCUCCUGCAGCCUGUUCGGGCGGUGGGCCGUUGUGUCGGCCGACCCCGGGUUCAACCGGCUCGUGCUGCUCAACGAAGGCCGGCUGUUCAAGUCCAGCUACCCGAAGUCGUUCCGAGAUCUGGUCGGAGAGAACGGCGUCGUCAUCGCUCAGGGCGAGCAGCAGAGGAAGCUCCACGGGAUUGCUUCCAGCAUGAUGCGUGUGGAGAAGAAGAAGCUCGAUUCGGUUCUCUUGGAGGAGAUUCAGUCGGUGGUGAUUCGGACUCUCGUUCGGCUCGACGAGGGCCCGGUGGUUUGCCUGCAAGAUGUUUGUAGAAAGGUGGCUAUCAAUCUGAUGGUGAAUCAACUGUUCGGCAUAUCGACGGAGGAAGAAGUGAAUGAAAUGGCGGAGCUGUUCUCAGUUUUUGUUGAUGGCUGUCUCUCCGUUCCUGUCAAUAUCCCUGGUUUUGCUUACCACAGUGGAAUGAAGGCGCGGGAAAAAAUCACAAGCAAGAUCAACAAGAUAGUGGAGAAAAGCAGAGAAGCGAAAAGGGAGAAUGAGAGUGAGACAGGGACUGGUUUGCUGGGGAGGGUAUUGAGAGAAGGAAGCAUAGAAGAUGAUGCAAUCUCUGACUUCAUAAUCAACCUUCUGUUCGCCGGAAACGAAACGACGGCCAAGACUAUGGUCGUCGCCGUUUACUUCCUCACUCGCUGCCCGAAAGCAAUGCAACAACUACUGGAGGAACAUGAUGGACUGAGAAGCAACGAGAUGCUCACUUGGGAAGAUUAUAAAGCCAUGCCCUUCACUCAGUGUGUGAUUGAUGAGACGCUUCGAAUUGGUGGAAUAGCAAUCUGGUUGUUUAGGGAGGCCAUAGAAGAUGUAGCAUAUGAAGAUUACAUUAUUCCAAAAGGAUGCUUGGUGGUUCCAUUUCUAGCGGCCGUUCACUUGGAUGAAAAUUUAUACGAGGGAGCAGUCAAUUUCAAUCCAUGGAGAUGGAUGGAUCCUCAAAACCAGGACAAGAGAAACUGGAGGAGUAGCCCAUGUUUCACUCCAUUUGGCGGAGGAGCUCGGUUUUGCCCAGGGGCAGAGUUGGCUCGUCUACAAAUUGCACUCUUCCUGCAUUACUUUGUCACCACUUACAGGUGGACUCAGGUUAAGGAAGAUAGGAUGUCAUUCUUCCCCUCUGCUCGUCUCGUCAACGGCUUCCAGAUUCGCUUGAGUCGAAGAAGACAGCAAGAAGAAGAAGAAUCCAAACUCGACUCACAACCCUAUUAAUUUUAAGGUCUCACGACAUCAUGUUUCCUUGGAAUACAAGAAAUUGGAGAAAUGAUG